AUGGCGACACUCAUCUUUAAAUAUAAGGGGUGUAAAAUAGCAAACCAGUCCAGCAACUUGAUCGAAGACAUUCCUGACCUUCCUGAUCGACUGCAGGUCUAUGUCAACGAGGGUGUCCGUGUCAAGGACCUUCCACAUGCUGUGAAGCGCGAUCUUGGCGCAUCCAUCAGUCUCUCAAGCAUUAAGAAGAUUAUGAACCGCUUUGAUGUCAAGACCACGCGUCGUAGCGGCCUCACAGACCUCGAAAAAGGCCUUGCUAUUCUUAGUGUUACUGAAGACGAUCCACUCGGGCGAUGGGGCUGCAGAACCGUGAAGGAGAAGCUGGCUUUGAAAGGUAUCCAUGUUGAACGUGACUUUGCAAUGCGCUUCCGCAGGGCAGACAAUGCAGAGGCAUCAGCUGCUCAACAUCCACGCACUCGUAAGCGCCAUAACCAUGGUCUUUGGUCAUCUGGUCCGAACGAGGAGUGGUGCCUGGAUGGACACGAGAAGAUUCUUCAUUCUAUGGGCAUCGCGGUAUACGGAAUCAUUGACAAGUUCAGCCGCAUGGAGCUUGCCCUCGUAGCCGUGCCAAAUGCUCGAGAUUCUGAUGUUCCUGUGGCUGUUUACCUACGGACUGUGAAAAAAUUUGGAGGGAUGCCGCUAUCUUCGACAAGUGAUAAAGGUACAGAGCUACGGAAACUAAUUUCUUUGGUUGGGAACAUGCGCGCCAAGUACCAACCCCAUAUCACUGAGGCACAGGUUCCGUCUCAUAUUGCAGUAUCUUCACCCGAUAAUAUUACGCGAGAGCGGGGUUGGCGUCCCAUUUGGAACAAUGACCUCUCGAACAUACUGUUCUUCUACCAGACUGGGAAGGAGGACAGCGGGUAUGUCGAUAAUGAUGAUUUUCAUAUUUCACUCGCACGAUGGAUUUGGGCACGCAUUGUUCAGGCUCGUUUGGACCAACUGCUUCUUGAACACCAGACUCACCGCAUCCGUGGUCAGAGAAGGACCCUUCUGCCCACAGAUGCCCGUCGGAUUGACCUUUUCACUGAUCCCGAGACUUACGGCGGUUACAACCAACUGAUCCAGGUCCCUUCAGAGGACAUUGAUCGACUCUUGUCUGAGUAUGACCGUCCCGAUCUCUUCCAAUUCGUCAGCGAUGACAUGGAGAUUUUAUUUACCGACCUUCAUAAGUCAAUUGGGAGUCCUAUAUUCACUGCUGCCACCGGUUGGGAAACAUUCCGAUGUAUGUUAACAGCCUAUAUCGCUCGUGUACCCUAG